AUGAAGAAGCGCGUGGCCAUCCAGACGCCCCGAGGCAUUCGGUACCCAGGAGGACUCCCCUCCCCGCGCCGCAACACCAUGCUGCGCUCACGACAGCAGACAUACACCUUCGUCGCCGGCGUCUUCAUCCUCUACGCCAUCUUCGCCACCACCCGCACCUUCCUCCCCGUCGCCGACCUGCCCAUCCUCUCGGACAUCGAGCCGGCCUCCUCCUACGACAAGGAGGCCGUCUCCGUCACCGACGAUGGCGACUGCCCCGAGUACGGCCGCUGGGCCGCGCACCCGCACGAGCCGCGGUCCGCGGGCAGGUACCGCCUCCCCUACCAGAGGCCCGCCCCGAGCUGCAGGAAGAUCGUCAUCCCCGAGGUCGAGGAGGUCAUCCGCGAGAUGAACAGGACCAUCAAGGACCCGGACCUGUUCAGGCUGUUCGAGAACUGCUUCCCCAACACGCUCGACACCUCUGUGACGUGGACGGGCGUGUCGAGCACGAACAUCCAGGAGGAGCUCACCUUCAUAACGACAGGCGACAUCCACGCCAUGUGGCUGCGCGACUCGGCCAACCAGCUCCAGAGCUACGUCAGCUUGCUGAAACCCCCCAGCAGCGACAAGAGCAGCAGCAGUAGCAGCAGCAGCUCCAGCUCAUCGAAAUCCAGCACGUCGUCCAGCGACAAGCAGCAGCCCGGCAGCGGCAAGCUCGCCUCGCUGUUCCGCGGGGCCAUCAACCUCCAGAGCCGGUACAUCCUGGCCUCCCCCCACUGCAAUGCCUUCCAGCCGCCCGUGGAGUCGGGCAUCGACCCGGCCGACGGCGGGCACCGCUCCGACUUCGUCUCGCCGCCCUACAGCGACUCGGUGGUCUUCGAGUGCAAGUACGAGCUCGACAGCCUGGCGUCGUUCCUGCAGCUGUCGUGGGACUACUACUCGCGCACCAAGGACGCGCGCUUCUUCGUCGACGCCAGCAGCGGGGGGUCGUCGUCCCCGACCGCGGUGGCGGCUACCAAGUCUCCCGCGCGGAAGAAGGGCAGCGGCAAGGCGGCCAAGGGGAGCGGCAGCAGGAGCGGCGGCAGCAGCAGCAGCAGGGCCAGCGGCCUCAAGAAGAGGAGAAGCGGGGCGGGGAAGAAGGGCGGCGGCGGGAGGGGGAGGAGGAGGCGGCCCGGCGCAGCCAUGGACGGCUGGAAGGACGCGGUGGAGGCGGUCCUGGAGACGGCCGAGGCGAUGCGGGCGCCGACGUACAAGGAGGACGGCAUGGUCCCCGACGCGCCGUACCGCUUCACGCGCGUCACGAGCGCCGCGACCGAGACGCUGCCCAACGGGGGCAACGGGUCGCCCGUCAAGGGCGGCACGGGAAUGGUGCGCAGCGCCUUCAGGCCCAGCGACGACGCCACCACGUUCCAGCUCCUCGUGCCCGCCAACAUGAUGCUCGCGCGGUACAUGGGGCUGUGCGCCGAGAUCGUGGACCGUGUCGAGAAGGAGGAGGCGCGGGUCGCGGCUGCGAUGGAGGCGGCUGCUGCUGCUGCCGCCGCCUCGUCUUCUUCGUCUUCUUCAAGUAGUAAUGGUAAGGGUACGAGCCAGGACGUCGUGGGUGGUACGUCGGGCGCGGAGGAUUAUUACGAGGAUGAUAUCGAGGAUGAGGAGGACGACGACGCGGACGACGAACCGCUUGCAGACAGGAUGCGCCGCAUGGCCAAGGAGAUCAAGAAGGGCAUCGAGGCGUACGGCAAGAUCAAGCACCCGGAGUUCGGCGAGAUCUACGCCUACGAGGUGGACGGGUACUCUUCGACCAACAUGAUGGACGACGCAAACCUCCCCUCCCUCCUCUCAAGCCCCCUAACAGGCUACGUAGCCCGCACGGACCCAAUCUACAAGUCCACCCGGCGCUUCGCCCUCUCGGACUCGAACCCCUACUACGACCACGGGCCCGUGAUAAACGGCACGGGCGGCCCCCACAUCGGCCCCGGCAUGGCGUGGCCCAUGUCCCUCGUGGUGGGGAUAAUGACGAGCGACGACGACGACGAGAUCCGCUCGAUGCUGGGCCAGCUCGUCGCCUCCACGGACGGCCUGGGCCUGAUGCACGAGAGCGUCAACGUCUGGAACGCGGGCAUGUGGACGCGCGCGUGGUUCAGCUGGGCCAACGGGCUGUUCGGGCAGAUGAUACUCGACCUCGCCGAGAGGAAGCCCGCGGUGCUUAAGAGUAGCUUCCAGGGCGAGGGCAAAGGGAAGUCCUAG